AUGUUCGAAUCUCUUGUUAUGACUAUUGUUUGUUAUACAGAAGCAACGAUGCCUCGUGUUAUCGGUCUGAUGAGUGGCAGUGCAUUAGAUGGCCUUGAUAUUGCUUGCGUAGAUUUUUCUUCGGUUGGUGCUUAUCCAACGGAAAAAUGGGCAUUCAAUAUUGUUCAUGCUGAAACUAUACCUUAUUCGGGUGAUUGGGCAAAGACAUUAUCGACAGCAACUGAACUAGAUGCUCGCUCGUAUCUUCUUUUACAUACAUCGUAUGGCCACUAUUUAGGCCGAUGUGUGAAUGAUUUCAUUGCUAAAUACAAUCUGAAAUUAGAUGAUAUUGAUCUUGUUGCAUCUCAUGGUCAUACCGUAUUUCAUGAACCAUGGAACGGUAUGACUGGACAAAUAGGAGAUGGUGCUGCAAUAUCAGCUGAAACUCGUUUACUAGUUGUCAAUGAUUUACGUUCGAUGGAUGUUGCGUAUGGUGGUCAAGGUGCGCCGAUCGUACCGAUCGGGGAAAUACAUUUAUUUAAUGAAUAUCGUCUUCUAUUAAACAUUGGUGGCAUUGCUAAUAUAACCGAUCGAAAAUAUCAAAUUGCAUUCGAUAUAUGUCCUGCAAAUCGUAUGUUAAAUAAACUUGUUCAACAACAUUUCAAUAAAGAAUACGAUGAAAAUGGUGAAUAUUCGUCAAAAGGUACCGUCAAUGAAAUAUUAUUAAAUAAACUCAAUCAAUUAGAUUAUUAUAAAAAGACUUAUCCAAAGUCGUUAUCAAAUUCAUUUGGUCUUAAUAUUGUUUAUCCAUUAUUAGAAUCCGAUUCAAUAGAUAUUCACGAUACAUUACGUACUUAUAUUGAACAUAUUGUACAACAAACAAGCAAUGCAAUACAACUGAUUAUUGAAAAUGAAAAACAAGAUAAAUCUGUUUAUGCCAAGUGUAAAAUUUUGAUAACAGGCGGUGGCGCACAUAAUAAAUUUUUAUUUCAAUGUUUAAAAAGUAAACUUGAGGAAAAGUUUAGUAUUGAAGUUGAAUAUCCCGAUGUCAAUGUUGUUGAUUUUAAAGAAGCAUUAAUUAUGGCAUUCAUUGGUUUAUUACGAAUACAAAAUAAAACUAACGUUUUAGCUUCGGUAACUGGAGCAAAGAUUGAUUCAAUCGGAGGCGCUGUUUGGAGGAGUUGA